AUGGCUCUCCGCAGACCUUUCGGCCUCCCUCGGCAAGUGUUGCGCUCUCCAGUGCGGAGCUCUCUUGGAUACAAUUAUGAACAGAGGUUCAACCUUGCAACGGCUGUACCGCCGGUGACUCAAGAUGCGACGAGCUCAAAGGGCCCGACAGCCAUGGUGUUUCUCAAUAUGGGCGGGCCGUCGACAACAAAUGAGGUGGAGGACUUUCUGAGUCGGUUGUUUGCGGAUGGUGACCUCAUUCCCCUCGGAAGACUCCAGACCUACAUUGGCCCACUCAUUGCGAAGAGAAGAACGCCGAAGAUCCAGAAACAAUACGCCGACAUUGGAGGCGGCUCACCCAUUCGGAAAUGGUCAGAAUACCAGUGCGAAGAAAUGUGCAAGCUACUCGACAAACUUAACCCGGAGACCGCCCCUCAUAAGCCUUACGUCGCGUUCCGGUACGCCGAUCCGCUUACGGAGGAAAUGUACACGAGACUACUGGACGACGGAUUUGGGAGAGGCAAGGGAGGCCGCGCUGUCGCGUUUACGCAGUACCCGCAGUACUCCUGCUCGACGACGGGCAGCUCUCUGAACGAGCUGUGGAAAUGGCGGAAUCGGUUGGAGGGUAAGCGCGCAAAUGGCGUUGAGGACCUGACUGGAUCGAUCCAGUGGAGCGUCAUCGAUCGGUGGCCCACCCACCCUGGACUUGUCGAAGCCUUUGCGCGGAACAUCGAAGAUCAGCUCAAGACCUAUCCCGAGGACAGAAGAAACGGUGUGGUCUUGUUGUUUUCCGCGCACAGUCUGCCCAUGAGCGUAGUGAAUCGAGGUGAUCCGUAUCCAGCCGAGGUUGCAGCCACGGUCCAUGCGGUGAUGCAGCGCCUUAAUUUUAGUAACCCUUACCGCCUCUGUUGGCAGUCGCAGGUGGGCCCGUCCGCUUGGCUGGGCGCUCAGACUAGCGAUACUGUGCAGGAGUACGUGAAGCGAGGACAGUCCGAUAUCAUCCUGGUACCGAUUGCCUUCACCAGCGACCACAUUGAGACUCUGUAUGAGUUGGACCUUGAGGUGAUGGAGGAGGCCAACAGCCCCGGCGUCAAGCGAGCGGAGAGUUUGAACGGAAACCCGGUGUUCAUCCAAGCUCUUGCCGACAUCGCACAGGACCACCUGCGCAAGGGAGAGAAGUGCUCCCUUCAGAUGACUCUGCGUUGCCAAGGCUGCAAGAGUGACCGUUGCUUGGAGCAGAAGAAGUUCUUUGCUGGCGAGAAAGCUGCUUCCCUGGUAGUAUAG